AUGGACCACUCACCCACUGCCGCGCAUCUUGGCCGUGAGGGUCGCGCAUUACUGGAAAGCUAUCGGGAAACCGGGGAGGUAGAGUAUCUCGAUGAGUCGAUCAACGUCGCCCGGCAGGCGCUGGCAAAUGCACGGCUCCAUGAGCGGGCCAUUUACCUGAACGACCUCGGGAGCCGUCUUCGAGAGCGGUAUGAGGCAUGCCGUCGCAUUGGUUAUAUUUCAGAGGCAAUUGAGCUUGUCGAGGAAUCAUCGCAGACAAUAGGUAACCCCUCACAACAGGCCAUAGUGCUCAAUAACCUUGCUACCUUUCUCGGUGACCGGUUUGAAUGGAGUCAGGAUGCCAAUGAUCUGGAACGCGCCGUUGCUGCGGCCAUCCAUGGCCUUGAACUCGCCGCCUCAGAUACUGCUUUCCAGGCAGAGUGCAAAAACACUCUGGGUCUCAUCUAUGGUUACCGCUACACGAAGACCAGAAACGCAGAGGAUCUGGAGGCUGCAACGCGAAUGGCACAAGAGGCCGUGGAGAUGACGGACCCAGAAGACGAGAAUUUAACCAUGUUCCUCGGAAACUUGGGUAUUUGUUAUGAGCGAUGGUUCGAAAGGCUGGGGCGUCCAGAUGACAUUAACAAGGCUGUUCAUUGUGCUCAGCAGACGGUCGACUUGACCACUGCUGCCGAUUCAACAGAGGAGAGUAGCUGCAAUCCUGCCGAACGCUCUCUGUAUCUCAAAAAUCUCAGCAAUGCCCUCGGGCGGAGGUACACAGUCAGUCAUAAUGUUCAAGAUAUUGAUGAUGCUAUUUAUCAUGGAAUCGAGGCUGCCAAUCUUAUCCCCGGCCAUGCGCGAUGGUCGGAGAUCCUUCAUAACGUCAGCCUUCUCCUGGAGGACCGCUUCAUUCGACUCGGAGAUAUAGAAGAUCUAGACGAAGCAAUUACGUCGGAGAAGACAGCUAUUUCAGCCAUAUCCAUGGAUGAUCCUCGCUUGCUCGUGCACUGGGACCAGCUCGGCGUCCUAUAUGGGCGCAAGUUUGAUUUCACCGGCGAGAUGCACGACUUGGAUAGCUCUAUCGAACUCGCGCAACAGACUAUCGAUGCCUCAAAACAGAACCAUCCAGACGCCCCUCUCCAGCUAUGCACCAUCAGUCGCCGGUUAAAGGAGCGCUACAUUCUGACCAAACGGCAGGACGACCUCCAACAUGCAAUCGAACUCGCUGAGAAGGCGUUCAAUUCUGUUCCGUCGGAGCAUCCUCAGGCGCCAUAUUGCCUCUGGUUCUUGAGCCACGCGCUUGAAACACGAUACCGCGUUGAAGGGUCACUCCCGGACUUGGAACAGGCCAUUCAAAUCAUCCAGGAUGCCCUUUCGAUCCGUUCCGUCGGUCCCCUUGACCGGGCCGAGAUGUCAUAUAGCCUAAGUGUCCAGCUUAGCCACCGAUAUGAACAAUUGGGCGCCCUUGUCGAUCUAGAGGAGUCAAUACAGCUAAUGCGAGGAACCAUGGAUGACAUGCCGGAUGAUAAUCGAUUUGGGCUUGUAGUGUGUCUGAAAUCACUGAGCGAUCAGCUUGGAUAUCUGUUCGAACGAACCGACGAUAUGUCGACGUUAAUGGAGGCCAUCGAUGCCGCGACCCAAGCAUCGGAGAUUUACACCGACAGGGACAUAUCAAAGGCUAGCAUUCUAAACAGCCUUGGGCUGCAUCUAAAGGCGCGAUUUGGCGUCGCGGGUCUGUAUGAUGAUCUGAAAGCAGUCGUCGAUGUACAGCGCGAAGUCCUGCGCAUCCUUCCUGAGCAGGACCCAGACUACAGCAUCGCCCUCUAUAACACCGCUUCCACGCUGGCAGAUCUUUUCCGGUAUAAUAAAAACCCAGAGGACCUUUCCCAGGCUACGAAUCUAGCGUGGCAGACACUCGAUGCGGCCGGGGAAAGCCAUCCAAAUCGCGCAAUGUACCUGAAUUUGACCGGUAUGCUCUUGCAGGAGAAUUCUGAUACCAAAGACCAUCCCCUUGAAACGGGGCCCAAUCCAGUAGUUCUAUUUACGGAAGCCCUCGGCCAUGAAAACUCCCCUCCCUUGGACCGUAUCAAAGCCGGGCAAAGUGCCUUUCACUGCUGCGUCACCCAUGGAGAAUGGAGUGCCGCAACCUCUGUGGCGGCAGAUGUUGUCAAGCUGUUCCCACUCCUGGUCCCCCGCUGGCUAAGCCGAGCUGAUCAGCAACACCUGCUGAAGAAUAUCUCACAUUUCACAUCUCUCGCCGCGUCGGCUGUUCUUCACGUGGGCGGGUCGCCGGCAAGGGCACUGCAGAUACUGGAGGCCGGGAGGGGAGUGAUAGCUGGAUUAACCAUUGAUCUUAAGGCCGAAAUUUCCGCCCUUGAGGAGUCACAGUCAGACCUCUAUGCAGAGUACAUUGGGCUUCGUCGGCAAAUCCUCCUUUCCACCACUUCGUCGCUCUCAAGGGCAACGGAAACGGACCAUCCCCUCUCCCCGCGAAAAGUCCGCCCAAAGCCACGAGUACGUAGUGCUGCUGGCCCGGAGCGUACAACCAAUCUCAGGGCACUCGAGGACCUGGAAAGCCGAAUUCGGGCGGUACCGGGAUUCGAAAGCUUCCUGAGCCGACUGUCUCCUGGGGAGUAUGUCUCUCUUGGCACAGCCGGCCCGAUAGUGGCAUUCAAUGUCACGAAGUAUCGGAGCGACGCUCUAAUAAUCAACAGCACAGGUGUUACCAGUAUUCAGCUAGAUUCACUUCGCUUCCAGGACAUGAAAUCCCACGUACCCAAGGUGGCCGGGAAAACCCAGCUUUCAAAGGGUGGACCUAGCACCAGGAGACAGCGCAAUGAGGACCUCCAGAACAUCCUCCGUUGGCUUUGGGAUACAGCUGCUCUACCAGUUCUCACUACUCUCGGACUCUCCACGCAUGACUAUAACUCUGGCACUGCUCUUCCCCGCAUCUGGUGGGUAGCAAGUGGAUAUAUGGGCCUUUUCCCCAUCCACGCGGCCGGUGACGGGAAUGGCACGGCUUUGAUCGACUAUGCCAUCUCCAGCUAUACCCCAACUCUAGAGAUCCUAAGGUUCUCACGGGUCAGACCAGGCCAUCGUCGCGCGGGCCAGGAUCUGAAUAUGCUUCUAGUGCCCGCACCUACCAAGGCAGGCCAACAAGACCUAGACACGGAGUCUGAGAUACGCUCAAUCAUGGAAUAUUCGGACAACAUCGCAACCCAUACGAUACUCCAUAGGCCCUCCAGAGAGGACGUCAUACAGGAGCUCCCAAAAAGCCACCUCCUCCACUUCUCAUGCCACGCAGAGGCCAAUCCAACGGACCCUUCAAAGAGCGCUCUCAUCCUUUCCCCACCGGCAGGAGCAACCAGUGCCCAGGCACAUUCCCUCUUAACCGUGACAGACCUGGCAACGAUUAGCCACGACAACGCUCAGCUCGUGUACCUAUCCGCCUGCUCGACAGCCGAGAACUCCUCCGAUGAUCUCCUCGACGAGGCCAUCCACAUAGCAAGCGCAUUCCAGCUCAUCGGCUUUCCCGACGUUAUCGGGACCCUCUGGGAAAUUCGCGACAGGGCUGCUGUUUCAGUGUCGCGGUUAUUCUACGAGGAACUGGGGCGCCGGAUCCCAGCCGCGGGUACUGGAGGCGGCUUGAGUGCGGUUAUCCCGUACGCGCUACAUGAAGCACUCCAGCGAUAUCGGAGCAGCAAAGGCGUUAUGCGUGGUAAUGAUGUUCUCUCUUGGGCUCCGUUUAUUCAUAUGGGGGCGUAG